AUGGCUUUGGCAAUUCUGAAAUUCUCCGCGGACAAACUGCUCACGGCCGAUAUGGAGUCUAUGGUUGUGUAUUUGCAACACGAAGGCCCCGUGCAAUGGGAGCAACACUCAAGCGCCAUAUUUGAGAGUGCCAGCGCUUUCAAAUUAAAUGUGAAAAAAUUGAAAAAGUUAGAAAAAGAAUACUUGACCAUGCGAAGCCAAGAACGAGAGGACCAAAUAGAACUCCGCGUGAGUCCUUCUUCGCUGUUUCACUGUUUGCUCCCCGCCCCGCCCCGCCCCGUCUCCGAUAAUCUGGUUAUGGUUAUUUUUGUGUCCUACACCCGAUUACACGGGUACUUGCUGACACUUUCUCUCAGUAUUGUGCAUUUCGAAGUACCAGAAAAGGAGGAGAAAAUUCGUCUGAAUGCAUACGAUUGGUUCCGUGUUUAUUGUUUGCCCAGUGCUCCCUUGUCCAAUCAUUCAUUCAACCAAGGAAUUUAG